AUGCAAUGCUGGAUCUAUUUGAUCUACUUGGUCACCAUUGCUGCGCUGGCCGGGCUCCCCAUUUUUAGCAGCUCGGGUGAGUCGAUGGUCGAAGUGUGCGAUUUGACACCUCAGGGCCACAUGGAGCGCACCUCUAAAUGUCAGUGUUUGGGCUUGGCCGUGGAAUGGGAAAAGAUCGAUAGCUUACGUGAACGGAUCAGAAAUGACAAGAAGAUCCUUCUACAUGAGGUGGGUGAAUCGUUUUGCGUGCCUCACAGGCCCAACGCAGUGCGGAACGCCAUGGUUUUGGAACCCCUCUUGGCCCGUCUGGGGAAAACCAAAGAUUGGAAGUUGCCGCACCUAGAUGACCUUCAGAUCGAAGUUCGUACAUUGUACGAAAAAUCUGGUCUCAACCCAGGUGAAAAGGGUCCCUAUCGGACCACCGUUGAACUUAAGAAACUAGCAGGCGCUGAAGAUGACAUGCAUCGCCGGCAGGAACUUCGCGAGCUGAUCGCAAAGAAGAAGGCAGAGCUGCUUCAGCAAGCCGCAGCAAAGAAGUCCACGGAGAAUGGUGGAGAUCUUGGUUCCAAGUCAGAGGAUGCACCUGAUAAACCAGCUCCUACUUCCCAUGAGAAAGCUGCAGCUCCUGCUAAAGGUUUCAAACCACUUCCUGAUGCACCAGCACUUGACAACGCCGAGACCCAGCCAAUGGUGGAUGAGUCGCAGAUUGCAGCUGCAGCCGUGCCGCCAGUACUCACACGUCGUGACCAGUUGAAGCUGAAAGAGGAAAAGGAACGUGCCAGGAAGGAGAAGAGCGUGGCCAAAGAGAAUGCGAAGGACGACAAGAUCCAGAAGGGUGAAGUGGUUAAAAAAAAGACGAGGAAGCCUCGGGCCAAGAAACUUUCCAAGUUGGAUGAGAACGCAGCUGAGGGUGAUGAGUCAGUGAAGCCAAUUGCUGAGCCUGAGGCUGUGGAGCCCGCAUUGGGUGACACUCAUGAUGCCACCAGGAUGAAUGCAGAGAGUGGAAAUGAGCAGGAUGAAGAGAACAUCAAAACGCCCAAGAAAAUGCUGUUUCAGUCUGACGAGGAGGACGGUGAUGAGAAGUGCAAGGCUGGAGAUUGCAAAGAAGACCGAAUUGCUGAUGCCAAGACUGGGGAAUUGAAAAAACUGUCCGAGAUCUACAACGAGGAUGCCCCCAAGCAGUGGGACAAGUCCAAGCCCCAGAAGAGGUUGAAGUCGGCUUCCGCAGCUUCUACUUUGCCUGCAAAUGAGUCCAAGCGUCGCAAGAAGACUGCUAGCAAGGAUGAGACACGCAUCAUGCAGGGUGGCCCUGAGGCCUGUCCACAAGUUCAAGGCAUUUGCAUUCAACACAUGAAAGCCGUGCAGGGCUUGACCUAUGAUGAGAUGAAGGACUACCUCGCCGAUUCCAUUGAGAAGGACUUUUUCAACUUCAAGCUCGACCCCUACAAGACCAGGUCAGCAUGUGGUCUCCAGGCCCAUUUGGUGCGCAAGGACAAGAAGACUGAGAUCGCCUACUUUAGGUUCAGUCUGCAGCCCACAAAGGAGUGUAGGUUGUCAGGGCGAUCGCUUUGCCUUAGCUUGGAUGGCAUGGGACAAUCUGCAUGGGCACGUAUCGCUGUGGUCGGACACCAGCUCACAAUGCCUUCGCUGAGAGGCAACCGUUGGGCUGUGAAGUUGGGAUUGCUUGAGGAUGACUCAAGUGAACUCGCCAUGUUUUAA